AUGGCAGAAGUUGCUCCCGCGCCCGCCGCCGCGCCGGCUAAAGCGCCAAAAAAGAAAGCAGCGUCGAGGGCCAAGAAAGCCGGCCCCAGCGUCGGCGAGCUCAUCGUCAAAGCGGUUUCCUCGUCCAAGGAGAGGAGCGGUGUGUCGCUCGCCGCCCUGAAGAAAGCCUUGGCCGCCGGCGGAUACGACGUGGAGAAGAACAACUCCCGCGUCAAGCUCGCUGUCAAGGGUCUCGUGCUGAAGGGAACUCUUCUACAGACCAAAGGGACCGGCGCGUCUGGCUCUUUCAAGCUAAACAAGAAGCAGACCGAAGCCAAGAAGCCCGCAAAGAAGACCGCAACUAAGGCGAAGAAGCCCGUCGCUGUUAAGGCGAAGAAACCCGCCGCAGCGAAGAAGCCCAAGAAGGUGGCGGCCAAGAAACCUGUUGCCGCUGCCAAGAAGUCCCCGAAGAAGGCAAAGAAGCCCGCAGCGGCUGCUAAAAAAGCCACCAAGAGCCCGAAGAAAGCGAAAAAGCCGGCGACUCCUAAAAAAGCAGCCAAGAGCCCCAAGAAAGCAAAGACCGUGAAGCCCAAAGCGGCGAAGCCCAAGGCUGCAAAGGCGAAAAAGACAGCGCCCAAGAAGAAGUAAACAUUUUUGUUUGUUUGUUUAUUUCAUGUCUACCUUAACUAAACGGCUCUUUUAAGAGCCAC